AUGAGCACUAUCAACGAGAUUCGCUGGAAGACGGACGAGCUGGAUGUCUUGUUGACCAUUGGAGAUGACCAGGUAGUCCGCCUGAGGAGUAUUCUUCCGCAUGGUGAGGCUGUCGAGAAGCACAGUUCUCCUUACUUCUCCGACCCGUCUAUCCCACUCCAUCAAGUCCGGCUUGUGGGCGAGGGCAAUCUCAAGCACCGAACAGCGAGGAGUCUCAUACAGAGCUACGUGACUUUGCGACUCAAGUAUCAGAGCCACAAAGAAUCUACCGAGGACGAUGCCAAGGUUCUCGAGGUGACAUCUCAUGACGACGAGUCUAAGAUUACAGUGACUGCUCGCCUGGUGGUCUUUGCCGGUAUUCCUCUGCUGCGUUCCACAACAUCCGUCAAGAACGAGGGCAACUCCGAUGUUGUUCUUACACAGGCCAGCUCUUUGACAGUGGGCGGGCUGACGGCGCGAACGAGGAAGUGGUGGCAGGACUGGGUGAUAGCUCUGCCCACCAACUCGUGGUUCCGUGAAGCUCAGUGGAAAGAGCAGUCACUACCAGAUGUCGGCGUGGAUGACUUUGGAGUCGUCGACUUGCCCGAUGGUCACGUUACAACGCACGCCAGCUACUCGGUUUCAAGCCACGGCAGCUUCUCCACCGGGACCUACUUGCCCCUUGGAGCAUUGAAGCGAAAGGACGGCAAAGAGACCUGGCUCUGGUCGAUUGAAAACAAUGGCUCCUGGAGGUGGGAAAUUGGUGAUUACCUUGACAGCGUCUAUGUUUCGGCAACUGGUCCUACCAACCACGAUCACGCGUGGAAGGAGAAGCUCGCUCCCGGACAGUCCUUCAAUUCCGCUCCGUCCACUAUGGUCCAUGUACUAGACGACUACCAGUCAGCAUUCGAAAUCCUCACGCAGUACCGACGGCGGAUCAGGAGGAAGCACAAAGAUAACCUCAACUUGCCCAUCAUCUUCAACGACUACAUGAACUGUCUCAUGGGCGAUCCCGAUGAGAACAAGAUCAAGUCGCUCUUAGAGGCGGUACUCAAAACUGGCGCCGAAUACUUUGUCAUCGACUGCGGCUGGUACGCAGACGACAGCAACUGGUGGGACGAUGUAGGCGAGUGGGAACCGUCAAAGAAGCGCUUCCCUUCCGGUUUCAAGGAGCUACUGAACCACAUUAAAUCGAAGGGCCUAGUACCGGGCCUGUGGCUCGAGCCAGAGGUCGUCGGCGUCCGCAGCGUGGUCGCGAAGCAACUGCCGGAAGAAGCCUUCUUUCAAGAAAACGGUCAAAGGGUCGUCGAGAAGGGCCGCUUCCAGCUCGACUUCCGCCACCCGGCUGUGAUCGAGCGCAUGGACAAGAUCGUCGACAAACUAGUCUUGGAAUAUGGCGCCGGCUACUUCAAGUUCGACUACAACAUCGACGUCAUCCAAGGCACCGACGUCGACACCUUCAGCCCCGGCGCAGCGGCACUCGGACACAACCGCGCCUACCUCCAAUGGGUGAACGGGCUAUUCGACCGGCACCCAGAUCUGGUCAUUGAGAGCUGCUCGAGUGGCGCCCAGCGCAUGGAGUACGCCAUGCUGGCUACGCACUCCCUACAGUCGACCAGCGACCAGCAGGACCCUGUGCGCUACGCCGCCAUCGCGGCCGCUAUCCCCACGGCCGUCACGCCCGAGCAGGGCGCCACAUGGGCCUACCCGCAGAACAACUGGAGCGACGAAAUCAACGCCAUGACCGUCGUCAACAGCCUGCUGGGCCGCAUCCACCUCAGCGGCACCCUCGACCGGCUGAGCGACGACCAGAUGGCGCUGAUCCGCGAUGGCAUGGACGUAUACAAGACCAUCCGGAGCGACAUCAAGGACGGCAUCCCCUUCUGGCCACUGGGCCUGCCGCACUGGCACAGCGAGUGGCUCGCGCUCGGGUUGGCGACGCCCAGCAACGGCAUACUCCUCGCGGUCUGGCGCCGCGGCGGCGGGGCGGAUACGGUCGCGCUGCCCAUCGCGGAGCUGAAGGGGCAGGCGGGCGUCAAAGUCGAGCUGCUGUAUCCCAGCAAGUUCCAGGCUGAUUUCGGGUGGAUGGAGAACGAGGGGGCGCUGUCGCUUCGGCUGGAGUCGGAGACGGCGGCGCGGUUGUUCCGUUUGGGCGUGUGA